UGUGCUACACAAGAUGGCGGCGGCGCUCUGUGUGUUGUGUCCGGGUGUGAGCUUUCUAUUUCUGUGUUUGAGACCCCCUGUUCUAGAUACUCAUUGAAGUGAAGACUUUUUAUGAUGAUGUUUUCAACUCUAAGACACAUUCCAGAACAUUUGCAUCCAAUAUAAACAUAUAAAUUUACAGUAACUUACUGUUUUUGUACCACCAAUAUUAUAACGAUUAUCACCAUCACUGCAACCGCUCCAGCUGUGCUAAUAAUGUAACGUGAUGGUGGUGCUAGCACUGCCUACGCUGUUGUUCACCACACAGGAGACAAAACCAAAGGAAGGAAAAUGUGCCUGUAGAGUCCCGGUGCUACGGAAGCAUGACUUUCGACUGUGAGGGCUCGUGUUACCAUCGUUCAUUAGUGAUCAGUGCCGAUGACAGAGCCUCCAUAGAGGUCAAGAGGGCGCUAGCCAGGCUUCUGAAGAACUACAGAUGGCUCUGGCGGUCCAGUCCAGUUUCUCAUCUACAUGCACUCCAAGCUGGAUACAGAAGGAUGGGCAAUGAAGGAAGGAUUCUGAUGUUUCUGCUGUUAGCAGCGACUGAUACUGCUUUUAGCGGCAAAUGGACGGCCACUGUUGUGAGGAACAUUGACGCCCUGGUAUCUUCCUGUGUGGUUCUACCAUGUUCAUUCAGCCAUCCUAAAGAACAGCUCCCCACCUCUAGACUCAGGGGGAUAUGGCAUCGCUUAAGUCAACAAGACCAACGCUUCUUCCACUUUGACAGGACCAAGAUAUUAGAAGGCUUUCAGGAUCGUACUCAGUUGUUGGGACAAUUGGGUGAGGGGAACUGCAGCUUGGAAAUCACUCAAAUCAAAGACUCGGACAACGGUCCUUUCUGUUUCCGCCUUGAACUAGCAAGGACAGAAGACGACAAGGACACCCCCGACAAAUUCUCCUUUAAGGAGGAUUGUGUGACCUUGAAAAUGCUAUCCGAACCUCCAAAACCCACUUUGACUCACAGGACCACGGCCAUCCAAGGUCAUCCCUACAUCGUCAGCUGUUCAGUGAGCCAUACGUGCCCCACCCAUGUACCCACGGUAACGUGGAGCAUGGGCACAUCACGUGACGUCAUGACCAUACACAAAGAAGUUCACGCCGGUUUUUGGGAGGUUCAGUCCAUCCUGACUAUCAUUCCGAAGUCCACGGACGACCAUGCUGAGGUGACCUGCACUGCCGUGUUUUACGGACAGAAGACAUCCUCUAAUAUGUUCACUCUUUUUGUAAAACGCAAAGAAAGCCAUCACCACAUCAUCGUUCCUACAGUAGUGGGGGUUGGGACCACUGUGAUCUUUGGAGGCGUCUGCAUGCUGAUGCUGAAAAAAUAUAAGAGGCGCAUUGCAGAACUUCAAUAUCAGGACAGACUGUUCACGUGGUCUCGUAGGAUUCGGUCUGAGCGUUCGGAGCCAGCCCGUGCCAAUCAAAGCAGGCCAAGAGAAGAACACGUUGCUUUGAAUCACUUGUCCAGUAGUUCCAAAGCUGGUGCUGGAGCCAAGUUCUGCAAACCUUUUUUACCGUCUCCAAGGAGCCUGCCAAAAUCCUACCAUCACAAAGAGGAUAUGACUGAUGCUGACGAUUAUGAAAAUACAGCAGAACUCAACGUGUAUGGGAACUGCUGAGGAAACUACUCCUACUUCAUGAUCAUAAUCACACAUAAGUAUGGAGUACUCGCAUUGUGUCCUAUCAAGCUAAAAUGAUGGAAGUCAUGGAAAUACUUCUGUUUUUGCAAAACAAAAACCCAUGAGUUCAAAUAAAAGUUGCUGAUGAGAAAGUAAGAAAACAGGAACUGAGAAUGAGUUAUGAUUUUGGUUAUUAUCAAAAAAAACCAUGCUGGAUAUCAUCUGAAUGUAAUUCUUAUUAGCUAUUUUUGUUAUCAUUGUUAUAUCUAUCCAAACAAAUGUACUUUUAGUGGUGCCAGGCAUUCAAAUGGAUCAAGAAUCAAGAAUGGUCUAAUCGUUUU